CACAAAAAUAAACGUCACUUCCGUUUUUGGCUUCCAAACAGAAAAGGAAUUUUUCGAAAUCCAUGAACUUACAGUGUUUGAUUGUUUGUUUGCCUUUACAUCUUUCGAUGGAGUCAGAAGUGUUUUCUGGUCAAUUUCAAAAAGUCUCUUUACCAGAGACUCAGCUGGACUUCUUCGGUCAGCCGUACUCCGUGUCCGUGCUUAAAGUCGGCUACUGUUCUCCUCAGACCGACGGGACGUUCAAAGCCGACGGGACCAUCACCCUUCUAACGGGACCCAGGACUGUCCUCGUCGACACAGGAGGACCGUGGGACCGGGACUUUCUUCUUAAGUCCUUGAAGGAGAGAGGUUUGGAACCAAGACACAUUGACGUUGUAGUGGGGACUCACGGACAUUCAGACCACGUUGGAAAUUUGAAUCUUUUUUCACCAGCAGUGAUGAUUGUGGGAUUUGAUGUCAGUGAAGGAGACACAUACCGUCCCAACAAGCUGGCAGAAGGACACAUUUACUCGAUCGAUGAGCAUGUAUCUGUAGUUCCCACUCCAGGCCACACAGGACAAGACGUCAGUGUCCAAGUAAAGGGAACAUCAGCGGGCACUGUGCUUGUUGCAGGGGACUUAUUUGAAUGCUGCUCAGAUGAAAACACUUGGCGGGAUCUGAGUAUGAACGUUGCAGUACAAGAAGUUAACCGCCAGGAGGCGCUAUGUAGUGCAGACGUCAUCAUCCCUGGGCAUGGGCUCCCAUUCAGAGUCCUCAGGAACUAAUCACCUGGACAUCAAGACUGGGUUAUGUAAGAAAGUGACAAUUCAUUUUCCAGCCUAAGUGAAUACAUCAUGCAAUGGUGUCAUACUGAGAAUUUUAUUAGUAUUUUUCCAACCAUACAAGGUGAUCUCACUGAGUAGCACACACCUUAAUCAUUUGGUUACACACGGCAACAACUACACUUGUUAUACAUUUACAACUGUCAAAUUAUAUCUAAUGAGUAGCAUGUCAGUAUAACUCUUGGCUACCAGUAUUCACAUCUAUAUGUUUGCAACAUGGUGGGAGCUUAGACUUCAGCCAAAACAGACUUUCAAUUUUCAGUUAUUCUGUAAAUCACCUGUGAUAUGUGUUAUACAAGUUUAAAUGAAAUUCUCACCUCACCACCAAAAUUCAAAACAAAAUAGUGGAUUAUUUGAAAUAUAUAGGAAUUUAUGGUUUAACGUCAGGCAACAUUUCAGAUUCACUUUAGGUUAGGGUCAGGGUUUUAGCUUAUUCAUUGCUGGUUUAGUUAUUGUAGUGAUGUUCUUAAAGACAUAUGUAAACCAGGGGAUAUUUUUACAAAGUGACGCAAACUUUGAAAAUCAACUUGAACCCUGAGUUGAUGUCAGUGUGUUGUGAUAGUUGACAGACUUCUUUAUGUUCUAAAAGUGAAAUGUGCCGACCUGUUCUUAAAACUUUACAGAAUCACUCAGACUUUUCAUAGAAACAACAGCUCUUUUAAUAUUUGUGAAAGAUAAUUUGCAGUGUAAAAGCUUGAAAACUCAUGAUGUUACAUUGUGAUACUUGUGCUGGAGGUAAACAUGAUUGUCAGCUGCUUUCACUGUUGCUUUUAUUAUUGAACUAUGACAAGUUGUGUAUGUGUAUUGAUACCAUCUAUUAAGACUAGCAACCUAUGGCAGCAACACUAAAGAAAGAGAAUUUGUUUCUUAAGAUAAAACCAUGACUUUGGUCCAUUCAUUCAGACACUGCCAUUCAAAAAACAGCAACUUACACACAUGCGACCAUUACAACACUUUCUCACACAUGUACACACACAUGCAGACAUCAUGUGCUCACUUUUAACUGUGUAUUUUCUCAGUACUUUGAAUCACCAGUGGCAGAAGUGUUCUCUCAUGCUAAACGUUCUAUCAACCUCAACACACACCUUAGCCUUCUUUAACGAUACCAAUACUGGAUCAUUCUGCCUCAAUUCACUGAAUGCCCCACACCUGACCAUCUUCAGUUUGACAGAUUUUUUUUUUAAAAUGGUGAAUAUUUAUUCAUUUGACCAUGUGUAAAAUCUGAUGUCACAGGCAACAUUACUUUCAGAUCAUGUUGAGUUUUGCAUUCUUCGUGCCAAUCUGUGGAUCCAUGUUCGAAGUGCCAUAACUUAAGAAAUAAUGUCGCUGAAGACCUGAAUUGUGUAGGCUCAUUGAUAUGUGCACAUGGUCUUCAAAGGUACAAUCCUGCUUUGAUAGAAUAAUACAAAUCAGUUAAAUUAUGGGGUAAAUUUGGUCAGAAAAUGUCCAUGUUUUUUUCUAUUCUGAUAUUCCACCAAUCAUAAAACCUUCAUUUUUCACCCAAAGACACUGAUUUUUUUCCCCCUUUGAUUGACACCAAUAGGAGCUUAAAAAUGCAGAAUAAGGUACCAUGCAGAGGCAUACUUCAUGAGGAAACAGUAUUGAAAUGACAUGCCUUAAGCAGGUAUGAUGGUGAAACCAUUCCAAGAAUGUCCCAACUGGAGGAGUUAUAUAAUAUUGUUAUUGGGCUUAAAGAAAAAUCAUGGUUUUCCAACUCAGUGCUUCAAAUAAUUCUAUGAAAAAUGGUGCCAUAAGAAAUUUAGUCCACGCGUCAUAUUUUUACUUGUUUUUGAUUUCUUUAUCAAGAUCUGUUUUAAUUCAUUAUGAACUUCUUGGCAAAGACUUCGUCACCGUAAACACUGUGUUGGGAAAGUUAGCAUUAAUACAUGGCGUGCUGAUAUCAGCAUUAAGUGAUUACAUUUGAAAAUUAAGUGAAUUUGGACUCCAUAAUCCGUAAUGUAGUGUCACACUGUAAUUUUCUCUGGAUCCCUGAUCAAUCUGAUCAGCGAUGACAUGUAUAGCCAUGUCAUCAUUCAACUGCUGGCUGUUGAAAUGGUAACCAGAAAACUGUGUUGGAUUAAUAGAUAAGUUUCUUAGAAAAACCUGGUGUUAUUAGGAGAGAUGCUGUUCAACCCCCUUUCGAAUGGUGCAGCUCUUGUAUUUAUCAAUAUAGCACAAAUUUAUGAGAAACCUUAAACUGUUACAGAGGUGAAACCAGGAAGCAGAACUGCAGUCUUACAUGCUUCUCUGCCGCUUUUUUAAGGCCAUUACUCUCACAACACCUUAUAGAGACUAUCUGCACCCCAACCUUCAUAAGUAUAAAAUAUAGAGGAGCUGUACAUAAGCCCUAAUUUAAAUUAAUAAUACCACUAUAUUAUUAUUACCAAAAAAAAUGGGCAAAUUAUUAAAUAUUAAAUAUCUCUCAUUGAAGUAUCCUUUAGUUAAUGAUCUGAUAACAAAUUAUUGACUCACUGAAACCCAGUUGCAGCAUAAAAGUUGACAAGUCAGUUGUUGUAUAUCAGCCACCUGCCCCUUACUCAUUUUAUCUGAAUUCCCAGAGUUCUUGGCUGAUUUAGUGCUCAGUACAGAUAAAAUCACUGUAGAGGGUGACCUUAAUAUCCAUGAAAAUGCUGCAGUGUUAGACAUGAUCAGCCUCUAUUAACAGGCUAUAUGCCACAGGCUUUUAAUGUUGCUGUAAUCAAACCACUACUCUUGAUCUACUGUUUGUCUAAAAUAGUUGAAAAAAACUGCUGUAAGCAAACUAUUUCAUCAGAAAUGCUUUCAGUCGGGAUUUAGAAUGCGUCACAGUACAGAAACAGCAGUAGUGAAAGUCACCAAUGAUUUUCUUGAAGCUUCAGCGAUGGGCUUGUCUCUGUACUGGUGUUUGUUGCUGUCCAUGUUUGUUAGCUUUGCCCUGACCCACAGAAUUGGACAGAGAGACAAAGAGAAAUGUUUCAGACUUAUUAUUUCUGUGGCCUUACCUUAUUGGCCUUACUACAGUCAGAUAUAUCAGUGGAUCAACUGCCUUUUAAAAUAUAUCUGUCUUUGUAUUUUUUCCUUUCUUCUCCUGAUAAAGUAAACUGCUCUCUCACUUCAA